ACCUCGAUGUGCUGCUAGUCCCACAAGAAUUACAUGUCGAUAUGUCAGACCACAAAGAACGCCUCAUCCUCCCCCUCUUAUGGAAGGCGAAGCUUUAGCCAGUAGGCUUCUGGAGCUUGGCCCUGUCGGUAGCAAGUUUUUGGGCCCCGUGAUCAUUGAAGUUCCUCACUUUGCCUCGUUGAGGGGCAAACAGCGAGAAAUUAUUGUGCUGAGAUCUGAUAAUGGAGAAACUUGGAAAGAACAUACUUUGGAGGCCAACGAAGAAGCAAUUCAAGAUGUGUUGAAUCACAGUUUCGAUGGAGAAGAGUUGAGCCAAAUCGAAGAUUUGCACACAAAUCGAAUAACACGAAUUUUGACGAACGACUUCCCGCACUAUUUUGCAGUUGUUUCACGAAUCAGGCAAGAAGUGCAUGCUAUUGGCCCUGAUGGGGGUACUGUGUCUAGUGCAGCAGUUCCGUUGGUGCAAGCAGUAUUUCCACCGAAUGCCCUAACAAAAAAAAUUCGAGUGGGACUUCAAGUGAGUUACCUCAGAAACCCUUAUUAUUAUAUUGACAAUUAUAUCCUAUUGAUGGAAUAG